AUGUCGCUGCAGAUUGUAACAAAGCGACUCGACGAUCUCAAGGACGAUCUUAAUGGCGUGCUCCAGAACACCGACAACACAAUCGCAAGCCUGUUCGAGUCGGCCAUCGAGCUCGAGUCGGUCGCUGUCGACCAGGAGGUGGACGCCAGCGAUCUGGUCCAGGACCUUGAAGCGGCCCUCAAGAGCUUGAUCGAUGCCAAGAACAUUACAAAGAUCGAGCUCGAGAUUCUCGACAACCUGCGGGCCCGGGCCGGUUCGGGAGAGUCCCUCGAGUUGUUUUUGGAAAUCUUCCGGCGCGAACGCAGCGAAAAAGUGGAUGCCUACACGGGUGCCUCUGGCCGGUUGGAGAGCUCCGAAGAUUUGCUGAAUUUUCACAAGAUGCUUUGGGAGAUUCGCAACCCCGGACAGCCUUAUCGGCCGGGCCAGGCAGCCGGCAACGCCGCCUCUGCGGAUUUGGAGGAAGACGACCUCGCUGUUGUGGGCGGCACCGAAACGUUCCUGUGCCCGAUUACGAAACGCACUCUGGUGGAUCCCCACACGUCCCAGAGCUGCCGGCAUAGUUACAGCGGCGCCGCAAUCCUGGAGCUCCUCAAAAGUUCUCGGAAUGGCCAGAUGGAGUGUCCCGUUGCGGGGUGCGAGUACUACGUUACCCGGGGAUCGCUCAAGCAGGACCAAUAUCUGACUAUGCGCAUCAAGCUGGAGCUCGAGCGGCGGGCACGGGCCAAGGAGCAGGAGAGCGAAAGCGAUGUCGAAGCCAUCGACUGA